AUGUCCAUCGAUGACAAGCCACCCCCGGGGUUUUGGGCAAGAUGGACCGGCUUUCUCGCCCCGUUUCUUGCACCCGUCCCCCAUCGUCAAUCCCGGGGCUGGCGUCCCGUGGCCCUGCGUCCGCCUUACCUGGUCGCUCUUGACUUCGACAAUACAGCAAUCGCAAAGGAGGACUGGUCUUUUUUCUCCGAUACCGAUGAUAUCUCCACGGCUCAGUCCUUUGCCUACAACUAUGUGCCUAUCAUCGCUGCUCUCGUGCUUGUUAUGAUAUGGACCGUCACCGAUUUCGACGUGCUCCGCUUGGAGCCUUUCUUUCAACUGUCCGAGCCCAACGGUGCCCCAGCGACGGUUCUCUUCAUCAACUACAACUUUGGCCAGACUAUCCUGACCCCUAUCAACGCCGCGCGCCGUCGCCAUUGGGUGGUACUGUGGGUUUCCCUGAUCACGUUGUCGAUUCGCAUGAUUCUUCCAGCCUUGCAGAGUACAGUAUUGGAAUUACGCGAGGUAGCCGUCGUCAACCGCGGAACGAUGCUCAGUUGGCCCACCUUGGUGAAUCUGGAUACACAGGCGACAUGGAUGUCUACUCAGGCUCACAGUACCGCUGACUCGGUGCUCUCGUCGAACCAGCAAGUACGUCGGUCCCGAUCGGCUGACUAUGCUGUAGCACCUGUGGACAUUCCCUCCGAUGAUCAAGAUGAGAGAACGAUGUGGACACUCGAUCAAACUGUGUACUGGGCAAAGAUGUCGUGCAGCGAUGUGCCCGUGGAGAACCAGCUCUCCGUCUCCAUUGACCGACCGAGCGAUGGACUCCCGACCGUUUCGUGGAAUGCCAGUGGCAUUGACUUGGAAGACGUGUACGGGGGGGCCUCCCAGUGUACCCUGAACUUCCACUAUCAGAAUGUCUUCUUUCCUUCCACGGACUACCUGCAAGUGCGUUAUUGGGAGCCCGCGGUCACAGAGGCUGCCCGGUCCCGCUAUCGGAACCAGACGCAGGCCUUUACCGCGACUGGCUGUGACCCGUUCGAUGUCUACGGAAUGCUUAUUGCCGUCAAUGCCACCACUCCCAAUCCAUCCUCUGCUGCCAAUUACACGGCCUCGGGGAUCGCCUUCGCCUGUGACAUUGCCUAUCACCAAGCGGAUGCCAAGAUAUCCAUGCAUUCUAAUAGUUCCAUUACUUCCAUCCACAUUGACCGAGCUACCACCCGCACCCUGAGUGCCGCCGAGUUCAAUCUCGAGCAUUUCCAGGCUCUCCUUUCACAGCGUGCUCCAUAUACCAGUGACAUGCUCUUUAUCCGCGAGAACGCCACGACGGGCGGCCGUACAGUGACGGAACUUCCAGUCAUCAGCCAGGAAUUGGGGGAUCUUGAGCCUCUCCUCGUACUGGACACCUCAACGGUUAUGACCCAGGCUGAAUUCGAGUCGAAAAUUGAGCGAGACGUCAAGCAAACUUUCGUGCUCACGCUGGGUCGCCUCUUUGACCCCGACCGCGCGCCCACCAUUGUCCCUGCGUCUCGUGUAUCGAACCAAGUGGCCAUUGCUGUCGUGCAUUUUGCCUCACUCUGGUCCGAGUUGAUUCUGAUUUUGGCCACGCUGACCGCACUGUAUCUGCUUUUCCUGUACCGGUCCCGCAAGACGUUUUUACAGAGCGACCCUGGCUCAAUUGGUGCCAUGUGCAGCAUUGCUGCCGAUGUCUUUCAUCCGUCGAAUAUUCUGGCCGAGCCCCGUGUUGACUUCCAUCAAUUCUCUACGCGCCAACUCCGACGGGUUUUCCGAACUGCCCGGUGUUACUGGCGAUCCGGCCCUUCGGGGAACCAACUAGAAAUCCUGUCCGAGGAUGGCUCCCCAGUCCAGCUAGACGAAGAUCUACAAACUCGGGUGGACCCUAUGCCGCAUUUUCUCGUGAUUCCGUUCUUUAUCAUUGAAUUCCUCGCUCUCGCAGCUGUGAUAAUCCUCAUGGGCUUGGUGAUUUCUUCUCUCCUGCGAGAUGGUCGAUUCCGCCAUCUCACCCAAUCCGACUCGAGCGCAUUCCAGGUUAUCUUGUCUUUCUUGCCCUCCCUCGUGGCAUCGUCUGUCAGCUCGUUGUGCACCUCCAUCCAUCGCAAUCUCAGUGUCCUCGAACCUUGGGUUCACCUCCAGCGCGGAAUGGCUUCGCCGCGUUCCUCGUUGUCCUUGAAUUAUUCCUCCCAGAGCCCAUUGGCCAUAUUUUUCAAAGCGGCACGCGACCGGCACGUCCUGCUCGGCCUAGUGUCCCUGGCAUGCGUCGUCAAUAUGAUUUUGACUGUGGUAGCAGGUGGAUUGUUCACACAGAAACUGACCACUUCGACUUUGCCGACGGAACGUUUGUCCAUGAACUAUAGUCAGUCAACAUUCUGGCAGACUGACUUUGCAGCCGAGUUCACCGAAUAUGAUCUGAUCCAGACCAGCAUCAUGAGUGGAGUCCCCAUGCUGUCUUGGACAAGUCCCGAUCAAUCCUUUGUUCCCGUCCAUGUGGACGGUCACAGCCCCGACACCAUGUAUGGGGCAUGGACUCUUGGCAUUGGAGCAUCUCUCAAGUGUAAGCCGCUAUCGCCGGCUGGUGGCCUUGUUCGCAACAAGACCAGCGGGCAGGAGUAUUGGAAGUAUGGACUAUUUAGCAACUCCUCUGUUCAGUGUACGGCUGGAAUGCCAAAUCUGCAGAACAAGGAAGGCAUUGCACUUUCCAUCCACUUCUUGUCGCCGACGAGUGUGCAUCACUCGGACGUCUGUCAGACAUCCACGGUUUUGGUGGUUGGCCGCUGGGACUACAUGGCCGGUACCCCGGUCUCUAAUGAUAAUACCAUCGCUCUACACUGCGAGCCGCAAAUUCGCAUGCAGAAUUACUCCGUCACCUUCGACCAAAAGGGUCAGAUUGAAGAGCACCGUCCAGUUCCUCAUACCUCAAUCACCGAGGGAACUAUGUACAAAAACGCCACCGUCAGCUUAGGGCAAUUCAACAAAGUCUUUGCCGCCAUUCCUCAGAGUUAUGUUGGCAAUACCACAACCCAGAAUGGAACUUAUAAUAUCUCGUCUUACGAUUGGGCGGGGUUCCUUGUCGCCCGCCUCUAUCAACGCGACGACCCUGAUUUCGAUUCACUCGACCCCCGCCGAAUGACUGAUCUCACACAGACGGUCUACCAAUGGGUUUACAGCACCUAUUUUUCUAUUUGGCGUGAUAUCUAUCUCAACCCUCUCACCCAUCCGCUUCCCGCAGGCAACGCCACGGAGACUCGCAGCACCUGGUGCAUGAUCCCGUCUAUCCCAUCGCUUGCAAUUGCCUUGAUGAUCAUUGCAUUUGAUACCCUGGUGGUACUCGUUGUGUUUGGUACCCGGCGUGGCCGGUUUCGGGGUCCCAGAAUGCCACGCUCUCUUGGAGCUAUCGUUCCAUGGGUGGCCCAUAGUCGCAUGCUUCGGGACUUUCAUGGCACCCAUACCUGGGAUAGCACCAAGCGGCGCGCUCAUCUUUUCUCCCUGGACAAACGAUACGCUUUCCGUGAGUUUGUGAGUGCUGAUGGCCGGUUACGCUUCGCGGUGGACGAAGAACCCUCUCCUACCUCGCAGCCUCCUCACCCCGAAGCUGGUAAGACCACGUCCAUUCAGUUGCGGGAACUCCCGGGCCCGCGGCCUCCCUCUCAGGAGUAA